UGAAUUGAGUGAGGAGCAGAGGUGGAAUUCCUGGCGGGCUUCGAGUCGGAGUUUAGUCUUGGCUUGGGGAGGUCCGUGGGGUGGUGACCGGUCGGCGCCCGUGUGCACUGGCAUCUGUGGAGCUGACACGCGUAUUGUGUGUGUAUGCUCUUAAGUGAAGUCCUCUAAAGAGUCAGGAAGAAGUAGAAGUGACAGGAAUUGAGCUUGUUCAAAGCAUGUCCCCGGUCUUUGCGUUUCUAAACCAGAUGUGAUCUCCUUUUUGGAACAAGCAAAGGAACCCUGGGUGACGAAAGGAGGCCUGUGCCUGGUCCUCAGGUUCUGGAUCCUGUGCCUGGGAUAGGAAGCUGGAACAGGAGAAGGGGAAGCCUGUUUUAGAAGACCUACAUCCAGGGAGAUGCAGAGCCUCAAGACUGAGCAGACUCGGGGGCUGCUGGAGCCAGAGAAGACAAAGAUGCUGCUGCCUCGAGACAGCAGGUCCUGGGAGAAGCCAUCCCAUCCCACCUUCUCCAAAGACUGGGAGGCUGUGGAGGUCGGGGCCUCCAGCUGUGACCUGGAUGAGAAAGAUCUGUCUUCUCAAGAGACUGGGCUGUCCCAGGAGUGGAGCUCGGUGGAGGAGGAUGAUGAGUCAGAGGACUCGCAGGGCUUCGUGGAGUGGUCAAAAGCCCCACAGCAAACAACCAUUGUGCUGGUAGUGUGUGUGCUGUUUCUGUUCUUGGUUUUAACAGGGAUGCCCAUGAUGUUCCACAUUUAAUUAUCACAGUAGCUGCUGUUUUGAAAUACAUGCCUGGUGUCACCUUAAGGAUCUGUCCUGGUUAAAAACCAGGAAUGGGUAAUAAGCAUUAUCAAAUGCCUUUCAAACAUCCAUUGAAAUGAGCUUUUAAAAGAUUUUUUAUUUUUAAAAUUUAUUUUAUUUUUAAUUAUGUGUCUAUGUGUGUCUGUGUGGGUAUAUGCAUGUGAGUGAA